GAGUAGCCCUUCCUUUCUGAGCAUGCGUACUUCGUACUUGUCAGAGGGGCCAAUGACGUAAUACACUUCCAACUGUGAAGAAAACAAAGUGGGGAGGGCAGCGAAAAAACAGUACCCGAGCAGACUGAGUUGACUGAUGUUGAGGCAUGGAGGGAGCGAUGGCAGCAGAGCAGGCCCCGUGUCUGCCCAGGGAGAGGAGCGGACAUGUGGCCGUGAUGUGGGGGACUCGCAUGUUUGUCUGGGGAGGAUAUGUGGAUGAGGAUCCCCAGGAAGGUGCAGACUGGGACAGAUAUCUCCCGACUGAAGAACUCUGGAUCUACGAUACAGAAACACAAACAUGGACUAAGGAGAUGACCAGUGGCCAGUACCCACCUGCCAUGUCAGGCAGCUGCUCUGCUCUACUGGGGGGAUUCAUGUACAUCUUUGGUGGGCAUUACGACAUGGCAAACUCCAACAAGUUGUUUAGACUGAACCUGAGAACCCUUGAGUGGCAAGGUGUGGAGGGGAAGGGCAUCCCUCCCAGUCAGAGGGACAAGCUGGGCUGUUGGGUGUACGAGAGAAAACUGAUCUAUUUUGGAGGUUAUGGCUUCCGACCACAAAGCCCCCUGAAGGGGCAGUUUGAGCCAGAUGAGGCAGUUGGGCUGGGCCUGAGGGGUUGGAACAACCACCUGUGUGUUUUUGACACUGUUGCUGAGGAGUGGUACCAGCCAGAAACAACAGGAGAGGUCCCAGUUCCUCGAGCAGCCCAUGCCUGUGCUAGGAUAGACAACAGAGGGUAUCUGUUUGGGGGAAGAUAUUUGGAAACUAGGAUGAAUGAUUUACACUGUAUCAACCUAGACACAUGGGAAUGGAGUGGCAGAAUCACAGUCCCAGGUGGGCUUCCCCUGGGGAGAUCGUGGCACUCCCUCACCCCCAUCUCCACCAACCAGCUCUUCCUGUACGGAGGAUUCACCACAAUCUGCCAGCCACUAAGUGAUGGCUGGGUACUGGACACUAACACACAUGAAUGGAUGAACCUAGACUACCUAGCAACAGAUAAACCUAGGUUAUGGCACACAGGUUGCAGCACCAUGGAAGGAGAGGUCUUUGUGUUUGGGGGUUGCAGCACAAACUUAUUAGAGCCCAUGCCAACAGUCCACUGCAAUGAUAUUCUAGUCUUCAGUGUAAUGCCAAGGUCCUUGCAGAGGAUAUGCCUGGACACGAUUGUCCAUCACAAGGAUGUGCUGGCCCCGCUGUGUAGCAUGCUGCCCCGGGAGCUGAGGCAGAGGUUGGAGAGAAGACUGGGCAUUCCCCUGACCAACCCUGCACCCGAACAGGUGCAGCACAGGAAAUGCGAGGGGGUCGGGGCAUAGCUCUGCAUCCUCCUGGGGGUCGGGGCAUAGCUCUGCACCCCCUGGGGGAUGGGGGCAUGGCUGUGUAACCCCCAGGGGGUGGGGCAUAGCUCUGCACCCUGCAGGCCACAGAAUUAGCCAUAUGUUCCAUGGUUGUAACAGUGACCAGCACAAAACAUUGUGUUGUGUAGCAUGUUGGCAGAUGGUACUGUGCCUGAAUGAAACCUGUAAUGUACUGUGCGUAGCACUUUGGCAGAACGUCUCGUUUAAGGACUGGUCGAAUUUGGGUACGUUUGUAUUUAAGGAUGACAUCCCAUCUAUAAUUUUCAAAUGUUGAGGGGGGAAAAUUCUGAUGCAUUGUUGACCAACGAAAACCACGAACAUUCUGAGUUUCACACAGGCCCAGUAUGCUGUUGUACACUGUAUAUUUGCUUACCAGAAAUCACCACUUUUAGUGGGAUCACACAGAGGCACCAAUAGUCAUUUUGAUUUUUGGGUCGUCCGUCUAAGACACAAGGAAUUAGCCUGGGUGCCAUCCAUUUUGUAACAGGGCUUUUUGCACAAACUGAACAAAAAAAAAAUCUGGUCAGCAAGUAAAAAGAGCCCUACCACAAAACAGAUGGCACCCAGGCUACCAAGGAAUGCUUUUAGUGUGGCCAUCUUCAGUUACCCAAUUAAAAAUAACAAGUACUAAACCUGAUAUAAUAUUUGUAAAAUAAAGAAUGUCUGUCUAUAUCAGUGAUG